AUGUCGAAGAACACAUCCGAGCCUGUUGAGUGCUUGUUGAAGGUCCUCCAGACCAUCUUCACGCUGCUCUGCCUUUGCCACUACACUGCAUGUGCGUGGUACGGAAUCGCCAGCAUCCGCGACGGCACCGAUCCCUCGCUGGGGAUGGAGCGGAAUUGGGUGGAGGGGGUUGGCCUCGAGUUGGGGUGGCAUGUCCACUGCUACGUUGUCGCCUUCCACUGGAGCAUCACCCAGUUCACCCCUGCCACCAACAACGUGGUCCCUGUCAAUGCCGUAGAGCGCGCCUUCGCAAUCCUUGUGGUGCUAACAGGCUUCGUGUCGUUCUCUUGGUUUAUCAGCAGCAUGUUCAGUACUCUGAACCAGCUGAAGUCUCGCAAUAAGUCGCGGGUACGAGGGCGGCAGGCUUUGAUGCAGUUCUUUAGGAUCAAGGGCAUCCCGGCCGCGCUGGGGCAGAGAGUCUUGUGGCUCUUCGAGGCGGACGUCGACAUCAAAGAUGAUUGCCUCGUCGAAGCAGACCUCCCAAUAUUGUUGCAGCUGCCCACAUCUAUCCGUAUCCGUCUGCGCAGAGAGUAUUGCAUGCCCCUUCCGCUGAAGAACCAGCUUUUGCGACGUGUGCACCACAUCGGCCUUCGGUGCUUUAUCCAGGUCUGCUACAACGCAAUGAGCGACAGCCGCUACAUGAGCCAGCAGGAGAUCUUUCUGGACGGCGUAGACAGCAGCGCGGCCUACGUGGUGACAUCAGGGACCGUCAAGUACGUCCAGGGGGGGAGCAGCACCGCCCUGACGCUCGGGGCCUGGGUGUCCGAUGCGUGCCUGUGGGUGGCAUGGAAGCACCUGGGCUCGCUGGUGGCCAGCACCUGCUCGACGUUGGUGGAGUUGGACGCCAAGAAGUUUCGGAGGACCGUCCAGCGGUCUGGUGGCCACUUGCACCGCUGUCUUUGUUGCGUCGCCGUGCUGUAUGCUCACGAGCUCGAGAAGCUCGCGGAGAACCAUAGGGUGACCGACGACCUCGGCCUCGAAAUGGAGCACGUCGAGGGCAUCCUCUGGAGGACGCUCAAGUUCUGCGAACUCGGAGCUGAAGGGUCCACCACCCCCGACGAUGCCGCAGUACGACGCCCGCGGUGUAAUAAGCGACUGCUGACGGGGAGUAGUGAGCUCAAGGACUUAUUCCAGGCCAGCAUCCUGACCCGCAGUCUUCCCAUGGGCGCGUUCUCGCCGCGGUGA